AGGUGAACUAAAUACAAUCGCUGGCGUGGCGACUCUAUCAGAUGACCCAAGUGCUGGUCAACUCUUUGUGGAAUUUCCUUUCACCGCUGGCUUCGAUGGAAACAGCAUGGGGAGAAACAAACCUAACUACAAUGUGGUUGCAACCGACUACAAAAACUACGCUGUUGUCUACACGUGUGAAUAUUUUGGACCUGAACUUAAAUUUGAAUUUUCUUGGAUAUUGGCACGUAGACCACAGAUUCCAAACUCAUUUUUGACGGAUUUGAAGCACUGGCUGCAGCUGGUCAACAUCAAUGCCAAGCGGUACAUGCCCACCGUGCAAACCAACUGUCCAAAUCGAGCAGUAUCUUAGGACGUAAAACCUUAUUGGGAUAUUUAUCUGUGCGAUAGUAAUUGCCUUUCAAUAGAUAGUAGGUUUUUGAUCUGGAAAGAUAAUUAGUGAAACAUAUGAUGAAAUGAACUUUCGUGAAGUGCAAACCUCAGAUCUAUUUACUUUAAAGUUCAAUAAAAUUAUUAAUAAAGACAC